AUGGCAUCUAAUUGGCCUCCCAAAGCAGCUAGAGUGCUUCAGAAACCAGUUGAAACAUUCGUAUAUCAUUCAAAUAUUAUUAAUAUAAGUGAUUCUUUUCUACUAGAAUCACAAACUGAGAAACUGUUAAAUGCUAUUGAAAGCAAUAACAAUCAGAGAUAUUCAAUAGACUCUGGAAAAGGAUUUAGUCAUAAUUGUUUACUUUCUGACAAAAGUUUAUUUGAAGAUGAAGUUUUUUUUGAGAAAAUGAAAUCAGAAAGUUUAUUGCAGAAGCAAAAUGUUUUUACAGUAUCUAACUGUAACAAAUUGGUAAAAAAUUCAAUUUGUAAUAAUAAAGAUUCAAAAUCAGCAGAAAAUAUAACAGAAACUAACAUCAUAAUCAAAACAUGUGACUUAUCAAGUAAUUUACGUCGUCAUUCAAAUAUUAAAUGGUAUGAUGAUAAUGUAUCAUUAACAUUGUUUUCUGAUAAAAGUACAACAGAUGAUGACAAUUGUCAAUUAAAUUCAAACAGCAAUAGUGUUUUUAGUAUUGAUAGUGGAAACAUUUGUGACAAUGAGGUUGAAUUACAAACUGACUCAGAAAAAAAUUCAAUAACUAACAGUUCUUCAAGUAACAAAUUAAUCAGUAAAAUAAAUAUGUGUGAAAAAAAUUUAAACACUUCUGCUACAAAUUUUAUACUAAUGCAAUCACCUUUACAAGAAUUUACUAAAUUAAUGUCACAAAACAAAGAAAUUCUUACUAGUACACCAAUUUCUAAUAUAUCUCACAAUCGACAUAAAUCAAUGUUAGAAAAUAUGAUUAGAUCUUGUCAUUCACCAAAUUACUCGUCAGCCAGUUCUUCUGAUGAUUGUAUUUUACCAACACCACCUAAAAUAUUAACAUUGAGAUGUAGUAAUCAAUCAGAAAUAUAUACCAACAUUUCAGCAUGUGUUAAUAAUAAAUAUUCAAUGUGUAGAAGAAAUGAAAUAAAAUAUAUUGAUUUCAACAAUUUAUUUACUGAAGAAAUUGAAUCUAGUAUAUCUAAAAAUUCACAUGUGUAUGAGAAAAUAUACUUAAGUUCAGGAGAACUUUUGCAAGUUAUUGAUGUUGGCAAUAAUUAUAAAUUGUUUAAAAAAUUUCUCUCUGAAUGGAAAAAGAAAACAAAGUUUUCUUUUUGUCUCAUCUGUGAGAAAAUAAUGUAUAACCAUUGUCUCAAAGGUAUUGGUUGCAAUAUGCAAAAAGAAACAAAUGAUUGUUAUAGUGAAAAAAAUAAUGUUGUUGGAAUAUGUGUUUAUUGGAAUAAUAGAAAUAUAUUUUACUUGCCUUUCUCAUCAAAUGAAAUUGAUUAUAGGCUAACUACAGAUGAAAAAGUUAGAGAAGUUCAGCAUAUCUUGGAAUUUACAGAAAGAAAGCGAAUUGGGAUAGCAUUUGAUAUAAAAGAGCAAUAUAAAGUUUUUUGCAAAAAGCAUGGAAUUUUGCUUGACUCUAGUGGAAAAACAAAAUGGCAAGAUCCAAAAAUUGCUGAUUGGUUACUGGAUUCUGGAACAAAGGAAAAAUCCUUGCAAAAAAUGGUGAAUUCUUAUUUACCUCAAAAUAAAUCAUUGCUAGAUGUUAUUGAGAAUAGUUCAAGUGUAAGAAGUCAGGGUUUGAUAAUGAAUAAUUCAAACAAGAAACAUAAUGCUGCUAUUGAAGCAUUUUUAUGUUUUCAUUUAAUGGAUAAAUUAUUCAAAGAAAUGGAGGACAGACAUUUAACAAAAGCAUUUACAGAGAUUGAAAUGCCUACAUUACUGAUACUAGGAAAAAUGGAAUUAAAUGGCUUAGGAUUUGAUUCUGACAGAGCAGAACAAUUUCAACAGACGUUACAAAAUCAUCUUCAAAAAUUAACAGAUGAAGCACAUAACUUAGCAAAACAUAAGUUUUCCUUAAAUUCUCCUCAAGAAAUAUCUAAAGUUCUCUUCAAAGAACUGAAAUUAACUCUAACUGAUAAGUUAAAUAAUAAAAUUAGGAAAACAGUUCAGCAUCAAAGCACAGCCAAACAACAUUUGUUAAAAUUAAGAUCACUUCACCCAUUACCUGAUAUUAUAUUAGAAUGGAGGAAAACUAAUCUAGCCUUAUAUAAGGUUGUAUUUCCACUUUUGAGGAAAAAAACAUAUACUCAUUAUCUUGACAUGAUUCGUCUUUAUAGUCAUUGUGAUAUGUUUACUAUCACUGGAAGAAUAAACAUGUUUGAGCCAAGCUUACAAACAAUUCCAAGAGAUUUUGAUAUUAAAUUAUUUCAUGACAAUGACAAAACUUCUUCAAUAAAAAGCUCUUCUCUCGUAGUUAGCUUACGACGUUCAUUUAUUCCAUUCAAAGGAGCAUUAUUUCUCGCUUCUGAUUUUUCUCAACUUGAAAUUAGACUAUUAGCUCAUCUUUCAAAUGAUCAGAAAUUGAUAAAUUUGUUGAAUAGUGGAGGUGAUGUUUUCAAAAUCAUUGCUUCACAAUGGAAAAAUACUAAUGUAAAUAAUGUAUCUGACUUAGACCGGCAGCAUGCUAAACAAAUAUGCUAUGGUAUGAUCUAUGGUAUUGGAAUAAAAGCAUUAUCAGACCAAUUGGAUAUGGAAGAAGAGAAAGCAAGCUCUUUUAUGGAAACAUUUAAAGCAACAUAUCCAGGUAUAAAAAAGUAUACCGAAUCUGUGGUGAAUGCUUGCCGUAAACACGGAUUUGUUGAAACUUUGUAUGGAAGAAGAAGAUAUCUACCAUCUAUCAACAGUGUAAUAGCUCAUGUUCGUGCCAAAACAGAGCGACAAGCCAUAAAUACUAUCAUUCAAGGAUCUGCUGCAGAUUUAAUUAAGAUUGCAAUGAUUAAAAUAAAUGAAAAAAUGGAAGCCAUUUAUCCUGAGACAAAAAGACCACAUCAGUAUCUGUUUUCAGAUCAUAAGAUACAAGAAGAACCUAAUAGAAGUCUUUUGCGUGGAGGUUACCUGGUUUUAGAACUUCAUGAUGAAUUAAUAUAUGAAGUGCAGGAAGAAGACAUAGAACCUGUUUAUGCCAUAGUUAAGGAAGGAAUGGAAAGUGCUGUUUCUCUUUCUGUUAAAUUGCCUGUCAAAAUUCGUGUUGGGAGUAAUUGGGGUGACAUGAAAGAAUGGGCAAAAAGAUAAUUGAAAAUGUUAAAUUAUAUAUAUUUAUUUAUAUACUUUAAAAUCUUAUAUAUAUAUAUUUUGUUAAUUUUUUAAAAAGACUUUUAAAAUCUUUUAUUU